GCUGCCGCCGGGCCCCGCGGCGCCGCUGUCCUGGUGCUGCUGCUGCUGGGGCGCCUCGCUCUCUGCCUCGCCGUGGAGGGAAAGAAAGUUUGUCAAGGGACAAACAACAAGCUGACCCAACUGGGACAUGUGGAAGACCAUUUCACCAGCCUGCAGAGGAUGUACAACAAUUGUGAGGUGGUACUCAGCAACCUGGAGAUUACAUAUGUGGAGCACAAUCGUGACCUCUCUUUCCUGAAGUCAAUACAGGAGGUUGCAGGCUACGUGCUUAUCGCCCUUAACAUGGUGGAUGUCAUUCCUCUGGAAAACCUCCAGAUCAUCCGAGGCAAUGUGCUGUAUGACAACUCUUAUGCCCUGGCUGUUUUAUCCAACUACCACAUGAAUAAAACCCAGGGACUCCGGCAGCUGCCAAUGAAGCGGCUUUCAGAAAUUCUCAAUGGAGGUGUUAAAAUCAGCAACAACCCCAAACUGUGCAACAUGGAUACUGUUCUUUGGAAUGACAUCAUUGACACAAGCAAGAAACCUCCCACGGUGCUUGAAUUUGCAAGCAACCUGUCUUCUUGUCCCAAAUGCCAUCAGAACUGCACAGAAGACCACUGUUGGGGCCCUGGUGAACAAAACUGCCAGACAUUAACAAAAGUCAUCUGUGCUCAGCAGUGCUCCGGUCGGUGCAGGGGGAAGGUGCCCAGCGACUGCUGCCACAACCAGUGCGCCGCGGGCUGCACCGGGCCUCGGGAGAGUGACUGCCUGGCGUGCCGCAAGUUUCGGGAUGAUGCUACGUGCAAGGACACGUGUCCCCCAUUGGUCCUGUAUAACCCCACCACUUACCAGAUGGAUGUGAACCCUGAAGGAAAAUACAGCUUCGGAGCCACUUGUGUCAAGGAAUGUCCACACAACUAUGUGGUGACAGACCACGGCUCCUGCGUUCGCUCCUGCAAUGCUGACACUUACGAAGUGGAAGAAAAUGGUGUUCGGAAGUGUAAAAAGUGUGAUGGGCUAUGCAGCAAAGUGUGCAAUGGUAUUGGAAUAGGUGAACUUAAAGGGAUCCUCUCCAUAAAUGCCACAAAUAUCGACUCCUUCAAAAACUGUACCAAGAUCAAUGGGGAUGUCAGCAUUCUCCCAGUUGCAUUUCUAGGUGAUGCCUUCACAAAGACCCUACCUUUGGAUCCCAAGAAAUUGGAUGUCUUCAAAACAGUCAAAGAAAUAUCAGGAUUUUUGUUGAUUCAAGCCUGGCCUGAGAAUGCUACUGAUCUCUACGCUUUCGAAAAUCUGGAGAUUAUACGAGGCAGAACAAAGCAGCAUGGCCAGUAUUCCCUUGCUGUUGUUAACUUGAAAAUACAGUCCCUAGGGCUGCGCUCCCUCAAGGAAAUAAGUGAUGGAGAUGUUGCCAUUAUGAGGAACAAGAACCUCUGCUAUGCUGACACUAUGGACUGGUACAGCCUGUUUGCAACUGAGAGCCAGAAAACGAAGAUUUUACAGAACAGGGAUAAAAAAGAGUGUGCUGCUGCCAAGCAUGUUUGUGACCCCCUGUGCUCAGAUGUAGGCUGCUGGGGCCCAGGGCCCUUCCACUGCUUCUCCUGCAGGUUUUUUGAUCGUCAGAAGGAAUGUGUGAAACAGUGCAACAUCCUGCAAGGGGAGCCAAGAGAGUUUGAAAAGGACUCCAAGUGCCUCCCCUGCCACCCUGAGUGCCUGGUGCAAAACUCCACCCUGUACAAUGCAACCUGCACUGGACCUGGCCCUGACAAUUGCAUGAAGUGUGCCCACUUUAUAGAUGGCCCCCACUGUGUGAAGUCCUGCCCAGCAGGGGUUCUGGGUGAGAAUGACACCCUGGUCUGGAAAUAUGCUGAUGCGAAUAAUGUUUGCCAGCUCUGCCAUCCAAACUGCACCCGGGGGUGCAAAGGGCCAGGUCUUGAAGGCUGUCCAAAUGGCUCCAAGAUCCCGUCCAUCGCAGCGGGUGUUGUGGGAGGGCUCCUGUGCCUGGUGGUGGUGGGCCUGGGCAUCGGCCUGUACCUGCGCAGACGCCACAUCGUCCGGAAGCGCACACUGCGCCGCCUGCUGCAGGAGAGGGAGCUUGUUGAACCAUUGACACCGAGUGGAGAGGCACCAAACCAGGCUCAUCUGAGAAUUCUAAAAGAAACAGAAUUUAAAAAGGUCAAAGUUUUAGGCUCUGGAGCUUUUGGCACUGUUUAUAAGGGACUUUGGAUCCCAGAAGGAGAGAAGGUUAAAAUUCCUGUUGCCAUUAAAGAGUUGAGAGAGGCUACAUCACCAAAAGCCAACAAGGAAAUACUUGAUGAAGCUUAUGUGAUGGCUAGUGUUGACAAUCCUCAUGUGUGUCGCUUGCUGGGAAUCUGCCUCACUUCAACCGUUCAGCUCAUCACCCAGCUGAUGCCCUACGGCUGCCUGCUGGAUUACAUCCGGGAGCACAAGGACAACAUCGGCUCUCAGUACCUCCUCAACUGGUGUGUGCAGAUUGCAAAGGGAAUGAACUACCUGGAGGAACGGCGCCUGGUGCACCGUGACCUUGCUGCCAGGAACGUCCUUGUCAAGACCCCUCAGCAUGUGAAAAUCACGGACUUCGGGCUGGCAAAGCUGCUCGGUGCAGACGAGAAGGAAUAUCAUGCUGAGGGAGGCAAGGUUCCUAUUAAAUGGAUGGCAUUGGAGUCAAUUUUACACCGGAUUUACACUCAUCAAAGUGAUGUCUGGAGUUAUGGUGUGACAGUUUGGGAGCUGAUGACAUUUGGCUCCAAGCCAUAUGAAGGGAUCCCUGCCAGUGAGAUCUCCUCCGUGCUGGAGAAGGGCGAGCGUUUGCCGCAGCCGCCCAUCUGCACCAUUGACGUGUACAUGAUCAUGGUCAAAUGCUGGAUGAUCGAUGCAGACAGCCGUCCCAAGUUCCGUGAGCUGAUAGCUGAAUUCUCAAAAAUGGCCCGUGACCCUCCACGCUAUCUUGUUAUACAGGGAGAUGACAGGAUGCACCUGCCCAGCCCUACGGACUCCAAGUUCUAUCGCACCCUGAUGGAGGAGGAGGACAUGGAGGACAUAGUGGAUGCAGACGAGUACCUCGUGCCACACCAGGGCUUUUUCAACAGCCCUUCAACGUCUCGCACACCUCUCUUGAGUUCAUUGAGUGCUACCAGCAACAACUCUGCUACAACCUGCAUUGACAGGAACGGGCAGGGGCACCCUGUGCGGGAAGACAGCUUUGUCCAGAGGUAUAGCUCAGACCCAACAGGAGCUUUCUUGGAGGACAGCUUAGAUGACAACUUCCUACCAGCCCCAGAGUAUGUAAACCAAUUGAUGCCCAAGAAAGCAUCUGCCUCAGCAAUCCAGAAUCCAAUCUACAACAACUUCUCUCUCACAGCAAACUCAAAGGUCCCCACAGACUCCAGCUACCAGAAUUCACACAGCACAGCUGUGGACAACCCUGAGUAUCUCAACACCAACCAGUCUCCCCUGACCAAGACAGUCUUUGAGAGCUCUCCCUACUGGAUCCAGGCAGGCAACCACCAAAUAAACCUGGACAAUCCUGACUACCAGCAGGACUUCUUACCGAAGGAAACCAAAUCUAAUGGUCUCUUGAAAGUUCCUGCAGCAGAAAACCCAGAGUACUUGAGGGUAGCAGCACCAAAAAGUGAAUACAUUGAAGCCUCAGCAUGACCAUAGAGAAUUUCUUCUUGCAGCAAGGCAAGCUGGAUAAGUGAACUGUUGACUGCUGCAAGAGUGGACUCUGGCUCAGAGCAAAUGGCAACCACAAUGCAUCAAAAAGCACCUCUGCUUUUCAGCAUGGGGCUUGGAAACUGCAAAGCCUGUCUGAUGGUAGUUUGGGUCUUUCCUUGCCCAUUUCCAUGUAAUAACAACUGAGGCCCAUAGCCUGCGCUCAGAUGCAUGUUGGGAUGGAGCAGGAUCUUCCUGGACUGAAGAAAUAUGGAUGCAUUCCUUUCAUUUUCAAAUGGUAGCAUGGUAAAAAGCCACUCUGGGAUGAACUCAAGAACUGUACACAUUGUACAGUCAAAUUCCUUUCUACAUUCUGUAUUUUUAUAAAUGUUUCUAACAGAAGUUUUGGAUCUUUUACAAGAUCAGAUGCUUGUACUGCUCGUCUGCUAAGUGUUGCUCAGAUCACCAGCAGGGAAAAGAAUUAUGUUCCAAAUCUCCUGGAACUGAAACUGUUAUUCAAACCACCAGAUUUUUACAAGUUGGCUCCAUAUACUGCCUUUUGGCCCAAAGGUGAGAAGUGCAUCUGAGGGACGUAUGGGUGAUUGUGCCCAGGGCAGUAUGGAGUGGAUUGAUCUGGGGAAAACUAGCACAAGGAGCAAAAUGGCACAAUGCAUCACCUGCUGACCACUACUGCCACAAACUGACAAGAGGAACACGCCUCCAAGUCACCUAUACAUGAUUAUAAAGUGCUCACUAGUCUGUUUUCUGAUGGUCAAACACAAGACUUUUUUUUGUUCUGAUCCCUUAUGCAGCUGUCAAGUUGUCAAAAUGCCUUUCUUCUUCCACAAAACUGUUAAAGGUGUUGCCGUAACUGAAAAAUGAAGUGUCAGAUAAUGUUUAACAGACUUCAAUUAAAUGUCAGGGAAAUGCAAAUAGUGGCAAAUUGGAGCACUCACGAGACAGACUGGAAGAACUAUACUAAAUUAAACUUGACUAAGGCAAGAAAUACAGGUAGUUCUGGCCAAACAGCUUUAUUUCCCAUUUUAAAGCGACUCAAAGCAGAAAUAAUUUUCCCUUAUACAUUUGGCAAAGAAAAGGGGUACUAUCUAAGUAGUACAUUUCACUCACUUCAAGGCAAAAUACUACCAAUUGUUGGUAGUAGGCUGGGGCUAGUUAAAUGUCCCUUUGGGGUUACUAUUCUGGCGAUGCAGGAGGAACAGUGAGAAUGAAUUAAGGAAAGAAAGAAUAAUCUAGAGUGAUGGAAAAUAUUAUCUUCCUCUUCUGAAGCACAGAGUUACCUACUUCUUCUUUGAAAUAUGCAGCAACAUCAUCUGGUUAUUAGUGUGGUACAGGCAGGCAAGGCAAGGCAAGAUCUAGGCUUGACAGUAUAAAUCAGUCACAGCAGCAAAAGCAGCUACACUUUCCAGUGACCCAUAAAAUUAUUCCAUCACUAACAUUUCUUAUGAAUGUAGGAGGAAUAAAGUGCCUAAAGUGUGAAUUUAGUCAGUCCUUUAGAUGCAUCCCACCAGCAGCUUGGCAGUGCUAUUUUAAUCAAAUCACUAGAUCUGAAAGCAAAUUCUCAUUUGGGGACAAAAGCUCUUAACUAGUUGAAUGUUGGCAACUUGCUUGAGGGUAGCAUAAGCAGCUGACUUGGAGAGGAUCUGUAGUCUAUAUUAAGUAGCAAAAAAUACUCAUAUUUAUGCUGCUGCUGUGUUUAGAAUUCAUCAUAAUGUGUUUCAGUUUAGGUAUUCCAUCUGAAGUCCAGGAUCAAGCAGCAAAUGCUUAGAGCACUGUUUUUACAGAAUUACAGAGGAAAGGAGACCUUCAGUCAUGUGAAAUGAGCCCUUUUUUAAGUAACAUGCAUUAGCAGUUUGUAUGUGUACAGCUCAUGGGUCCCACUACAGUACAGGGUGAAGUGGCAUGUUGGGUCAGAAUCCAGAGAUUGUUCCAUUUGGUAGAUGUGUCUCACCAUGACCAAGUCCCAGACACAGCAGUGUGGAAGAUGCAAUGUUUGACUUGGAUUAUCAGUGGCUUUUAUUUAAAACAGCAACCAAAAUUCAGUUCCCACGUCCAAUUAACAGCAGAUUUCUCCUUGCAUUCCUGGGAGCAGAUUUGUUGUGCUGCUCUCACAAGUGUGUAACAUGUGCACACAGGCAGUGAUGCUUUCCCCCACCCACUGCUCUGGCAGAAAUGUACAUAAAACUAAAAAAAGUUCUUAACAGAAUUCACAGAUAAUUUUUCAAUUUGCUGAAGAUGUUAUGUCUCCAAGCAGAACACUAGAAAAUCACAUAGUGCAUAUUCUCCCACAGAAUCUUUCAAACGCUACUGCACAAAGGAAUUUACUGAUUUUAAUCUGUUUAAUCUGUUAGCUAAAACAAGAAAACCACUGAGAAAUAGCAUUAUGUAUCACCAGCAUUAUGUAGCAUGAAUAGAGAUUAAUGCCUGCCCUUUUAAAACAAUUCAGGAGGGAUUCAGUAGCAGCUCAUUGCUAGAAACAAGGAGAUUCAUCUAAAAAUUAAGCAAUUUAAGUUUGAAAGAAUCUCUCUUUGAUGUUUUUGAUGAAAAAAGUAGGAAAGAGGAUGUAGGACCACAAACUCUUGAUACAAAUGUAGAUUCCAGACUGGCGGGAUCAACUCUAUUGUGAAGUAUUUCUGGUAAAUGGCAUCUUGUAAGCCAUGAUUUGUAAGUUGGCAGCUCAGUAAUGAUUCAAAAGCCAGCAAAACAUAAAAGCUAGGUAGUGCCUGCAGGGGCAGAUACAGUGGCAGUGGGAGCAAAUGGGACUGUGCAGCAAUGGCUGUGGCUGGAAGCACAGGUGCUGUGCAGGCUGAUGCUCACAGGUAACAGAUAAUAGCAAUAUAGCAAAUAAUUUCCACCAGGAUUAGAAAAAAAAACACAACAACAACAAAACACAAGUAAGCAGCAGAAGUGCCCUGGUUUAUCCAUUGCUGCUCACUGAACAUCAAACAGCAAGGAGACCCCAGCAGAUUGUGUGUGCUCAUACAGGAGACCAUGGUUAAGCAGCAUAAAUCAACAUCCAGAAAUAACUUGAAAGGUCAGCUGGAGGUGUGGGUAGAAAAGGCUGAUUUUAAAGACACAGCUAAACAGGAAAAUGUAGCAUAACAAAGCCUCUUCUGAAAGCUGACAGUCUUGCCACUAGAGAAAGAUAAAAUUUCCCUUUUACUGUAUUUGUCAUGGAAGACCAAAUAAAACACUCACAAAUUAUUCCUUAGCAUCUAUCAUAAAGCUGUAGUUAUUACAGAACUCCUUUUGCAGUAAUAAUUUAGGACUUUUACUAACUUCUAAGUGUAUGAAAAUGUAAGUUAAGAGUCUUCAUCUUACUUUGAUGUUUUCCAGUGACUGUGUGCAGUGUCAGCGCAGUUGAUUUCAUUGUGGGCCUUGGGUUGUUUUCUUCUGCUGCAAAGGGAAUUGAUCUGGGAAAUUUUCUUCAUGUUGCAAUAGAUUUUGUCAAGUAAAUUCAUCCAGAGACCAGGGGCUUGCUACUGUUCCCAGAUGACAGUCAACACUGGAGUAAGCUUUUUUAGAGAGAGCAG